AUUCCCCUGAAAAAACAGUAGCAUUUUGAUUUGUCAGUUGUCAGUUCCUUCUGGUUAUUGAUUAUUGGGAUUUUGGGAAAGUGUAAUCCUACGAAUUUAUCCAUUCCCAAAAUAACAAAACUAAUUAAUUUCACGAAUUAGAUAACACUGAGAGUUGGAGCCUGCCAGCCAACUCAUACAUCAUCAUUCAUAUCCCGAAUUGUAAGACACAGAAUCAUCCAUUCAUUAAUCGAAGCCAGAUUGUUUGAUCCUAGGUUGGUUGAUUGUAAUUUGAUGGCGUCCAAGAAAAAUCUUCAGUAUUUGGUGGGAGCAGCAUGGAGGGCAAGAAACGUGAGGAGGUUGGCCACAGUUGCCCAAAGCAGCGCUUCCUCUCACUCUUCUCAACAUCUCAUCGACUUGGAAUACCACCGCAGCGCCCACAAUUACCAUCCUGUUCCAGUUGUCUUCUCACAAGCCAAAGGAUCAUGUAUCUGGGACCCAGAAGGCAACCGAUAUAUCGACUUCCUCUCAGCUUAUUCCGCAGUUAAUCAGGGACACGGUCAUCCCAAGAUCAUGAAGGCAAUGGUGGAACAGGCUGAAAAGCUUACUCUCAGUUCCCGAGCCUUCUAUAACGAUAUAUUUCCAGUAUUUGCUGAGCGUCUGACCAGCAUGUUCGGGUAUGACAUGGUCCUGCCGAUGAAUACUGGUGCAGAAGGUGUGGAAACAGCAUUGAAGUUAGCUAGGAAGUGGGGCUAUCUUAAGAAGGGAAUUCCAAGAGACGAGGCCAUUAUCGUUUCAUGCUGUGGCUGCUUUCACGGUCGCACAUUAGCUGUUAUUUCUAUGAGCUGUGACAAUGAGGCAACCCGUGGAUUUUGGCCCUUGCUACCGGGCCACCUAAAAGUUGACUUUGGUGAUACUGCAGCACUUGAGAAAAUAUUUAAAGAGAAAGGAGAUCGAAUUGCUGGUUUUCUGUUUGAGCCUAUUCAGGGAGAGGCAGGGGUUGUUAUUCCUCCUGAUGGUUAUCUACAAGCUGUGAGGGACCUUUGCUCAAAAUACAAUAUUUUAAUGAUUGCUGACGAAAUACAAAGUGGCUUAGCACGUUCGGGGAGAAUUCUGGCUUGUGAUUGGGAAAACGUUCGCCCUGAUGUUGUAAUAUUAGGGAAGGCAUUGGGCGGUGGAGUGUUGCCGGUGAGUGCGGUUCUUGCAGACAAAGAUGUUAUGCUCUGCAUACAGCCCGGAGAGCACGGAAGCACCUUCGGGGGGAAUCCAUUGGCGAGUGCAGUUGCUAUUGCAUCGCUGGAUGUGAUAAGAGACGAGCAACUGGCCGAGAGAUCUGCACAACUGGGAGAGCAGCUCAGGGAACAACUUUCGACAAUUCAGCAGCAAUUUCCUGACCUUAUAAAAGAAGUACGCGGUAGAGGCUUGUUCAACGCUGUGGAACUUAAUAGCAAAGCCUUGUUCCCGGUAACUGCCUACGAUAUAUGCCUGAAGCUAAAAGAGAGAGGAAUUCUCGCUAAACCUACACACGAUUCCAUCAUUCGAUUAACCCCUCCUCUGUCGAUAAGUUCGGAUGAGCUCAUAGAGGGCUCGAAAGCCCUGCAGGCCGUGUUGGAACUCGAUCUACCAAAGAUCAAGAAAGAGAAGCCAGAUACUACUUCUCAUACUCACACAGCUUCAAAUGUGUGUGACCGAUGCGGGCGCAACUUGUAUGGCUCUUCAUGAACACGACCCACCCCCGUCCAAGAUCAGCCAGACGCUGCAAUCCCUCUCACACAGCUUCUAGAAGCACAUGAUUCGAUGCGGAUGCAACAUGUACGGCUCUUUCAAAACACUCUUCGAUUUAUCUUUUAUGUUCCCAACUCUUCAUGCAUAAACUAUCUGCAACAUACCCUAUUCCAUAUGUGGAGAUCUAACCAUGCACACAUUUUUCACCA